AUGACCUCCUCGGGUGAUCCAGGAUCCCAAGGCCGCCUUACCGCAAGAGCUGGCCGAAUAGCAAAAAGCGCUCGCGCCCGUCUGGGAGUCCGAACGCUUGACAAGCAGCAGCGCCCAUCCAACGACGUCGAACGGCCUCCCUGCAACAACUGGGCUUGGACUAUCCACGAGGCGCACUUCUCGGUAACUGACACUUGGCGAUCUAGCCGUCCCGACUGGCCGGAACCAAAAUUUAGGCCUUUGUAG